GACUCUCGAGCCGGUGUGGGAAAAUAUUUCUGGAAGACCUGAGGGAGCCACACAGCCCCUCAUUAAAAUUACCUUGUGUGCAAUUUCACACAUACUAUCCCUCCAGGUUUUCCAGGCAGCCUUUCCGUAUGCAAAGUCACACCGUUGAUAGUUUAGCUUUAUCGGGGACUCUGGGUCAUUUCUGCUCAGUCAUGAAUAGGCUUAUGACAACUUACGAGACAUUACCUUUGACAAAGGUUUCCUUUUCCUCUCAUAGCAUCAGUUUCCACAGCAGAAGGAAGGAGUCCAGACUGUGGAGUUCCAUCCUCAAGAUGAUGCCUCACAUGGCCCUGUGCAAAUUCUUCCCCCUGGUUCUCGUUGGGGUGGUGGUUUUUGCUGUGAGCGGGAUCAUUGGAGACCCCCUGUACGAGUGCCUCCAAGACACAGACUACAGCGAGCUCCUCGACAUCGUGGAUAAAGGUCUUCCUGCCACAAAGAACCCCCGUCACGUGGCCAUCAUCGGCGGGGGCAUUGCUGGACUGACCGCUGCAAAGUUUUUAGAAGACGCAGGACAUAAGGUGACCAUAAUAGAAGCCAGUAACCGUAUUGGAGGGCGAGUGGAGACCUUCAGGAACAGAAGAGAAGGCUGGUACGCAGAAGUGGGUGCAAUGAGGAUCCCCAGCUUUCAUAAGAUUCUGCUUUCCUUUGCAUCCAACUUAAAAAUUCCCCUGAACCAUUUCAUCCAAGAUGACAUCAACACCUACUAUUUGGUAAAUGGAAAGCUACACAAAACCUACACGGUGGAGAACAACCCCGGUGUGCUCAACUACAGCUUGAACGACAGAGAGAGGGGACAGUCAGCCGCUGAGCUCUUCAGUCAGGCGCUGUGGAAGGUGAGGGAUGACCUGAAGAAAAUGGGCUGCAGCGCCAUGUUGGACAAAUAUGACUCCUACACAGUGAAGGAGUAUCUGGUGAAGGAGGGCAACCUGAGUCGAGGCGCUCUGAGGAUGAUCGGAGACAUCCUGAAUGAAAACAGCCUCUUCUACACGUCACUGAUAGAGAUGCUGUACAUACAGUCAGACAUCAAUGACAAGACUGAGUACUUUGAGGUGACAGAUGGCUUUGACCACCUCCCCAGAGCUUUCUACCAAGUGUUAAAUGCCACCAUCCUCCUCAACUCCAAGGUCAAGCUAAUAAACCAAACAGGGAGGGGCAACGUGACCGUAACAUACCAAGACUUGCAUAAUUCAAACACCCUGACCAACCUAACAGUGGACUACGCCCUGGUCACUGCCACAGCCAAGGCCGCCCUCUUCAUUGACUUCCAGCCCCCUCUGUCUGGGGACAAAAUGGAAGCCUUGCGCUCAGUUCAUUAUGCCAGCUCCACCAAGGUGGUGCUCAGCUUCAGGGAGCGCUUCUGGGAGAAAGAGGGCAUCAGUGGAGGGAAGAGCGUCACAGACCGGCCCUCUCGCUUCAUCUACUACCCCAGCCACAGCUUCCCCGGUACAGCCGCAGGGGCCCUCCUGGCGUCCUACACCUGCUCCGACGACUCCACCCUCUUCCAGGGGAUGAGCGAGGACGAGCUGAUGGCUGUGGUCCUGGAGGACUUGGUGAAGAUCCACGGAGAGGACAUCAGGCCUCUGUGCACAGGGGGGAUGGUCAAGAAGUGGGGCUUGGAUCCUUACAGUCUCGGAGCCUUCGCCCUGUUCACACCCUACCAGGGACACUACGCCAGAGAACUGUUCCAGAGCGAGGGCCGGGUGCACUUUGCAGGCGAGCACACGGCCACGCCGCACGGGUGGAUUGAAACUGCCAUGAAGUCUGCACUCAGGGCAGCUAAACAUAUUAACAGCCUAACAGUAUAACUGAAUGUGCAGAAAAUUAGCUUUUUUUACAGGUUCACUAUCACUCCAUCAGCAUCAACCCGCUCUGAUGGGAUCGGAUAUUUUCUUGUUUUUUUGGACAUAUUUAUUGAUUUAGUACAAAUCCACUGAUCUGCAGAACAAAGCUUGUCAUAAACUCACAUUCUGAUCAGAUUCCACAAACAUGAGCAUGAUUGUAAACAGAACUGUCCUCAUGAUCAUGAUUUGCAGGGUUUUUCUGUUAGUUUUUUUUUUUUGUAAUGUCAGCAUAGUUUACGUUCCAUUCAUCAACCAAUCAGUUAGUCGGGUAAUUAUUUCAGUUCUGCGCUGAACGUUUGUAAGACAGGAUUGCAAGAUAAUGGAUGUUUUUUUCCAGAGAACUGUUGAUGAAUCGGAGAUCCUGACAGGACGGGGUGUUUACUCUCUUUAAACCAGCAAUGUCAUUCGUCACUGUAUGUUUUUUUUUUUUCAUUUCAAUGAGACAAUAAAAUAUCUUGCUUUCAAUUUUCA